UCAUUGCUGAAAAUAACAACGUUGCUUCAUUCGACGAAGCAUAUUUUGAAAAUUGUUUCAUCUAACUACCUAUAAUGAUAUAUUUGCCGUUAAAUCUGAUGGCUGCUGAAAAGUAUUCACUGAUUUAGGAUUUAAACACAUCAACGUGACAAAAGAGAAUGCAUAUUUAAAUUAUUUAUGAAAAUUUAAUUUCGGUGGUUGUCUCAGUUAUAUUAAAUAGUUUUACAAAUUAUGUUUACAGCGUAAACAACCAAUAAUUAUCAGUAAUGGUGCUCAUUAGCAAGUUUAAUUCAAAAUGACAUGAAAACAAGUGCAAUGACAAAUGACACGACUGAAAAAUAUAUUGAAAAUAUGAAUUUGUAGUACUUAAGCAUAAAAAUGAAUAACUAUAUGACAUACACUACGCUAAAAAAUAUAACUUUGUCCACAAUCAGCUGUAAUGAAUCUUGCUGUAAAUACAGCAACAGUAAUAUAAUUUGUUUUGGAGACUACAAUUACACAGAUAGACUUAACCUAACGUAUAUUGAGAGCUGGGAACUAGGCGUGAGAUGGACUUAUGCCAUCCUAGUGAUGCUGGUGGCCUUACUAGGCAACUUGACCAUAAUCAUUAUCCUCCUCAAGAACCGUCUGUUACUUCGAACUUCCGUCAAUCAUUUUAUCCUUAACAUGUCCAUCGCAGACCUCAUCUUGGCAAUUACCGGGCCAGUACCAUUCACUGUCUACAAUACUAGCGACUUCUGGCCGCUGGGGCGGGUUUGGUGCCAUCUCGAGGGUUAUAUACAGAUUCUGGUGCUCUUCGUCAGUGUAACGUCACUGGCGACGAUCAGUUUUGACCGCAUGAUGGGCGUGGUCCGUCCCUUCCACCAGCACCUCAAGAAGUGGAAAUCAUUAACCAUCAUCAUCAUCAUCUGGGUGUCGUCGGCCACCAUGGCUGUUCCAUGGGCAGUCUACAGGGUAUACACAGUGCAUAUCUGGAAGGACCUAACUCAGACCAUCUGUGGAGAGAAAGACAAAAUACACAUCUGGUGGACGGUGGGUAUUAUAGUUCUCACCUGGCUGCCCCUGGGUAUCAUGGUAGUCUGCUACACUACCAUAUUUAUCUUCUUCCACCAUAAGAAGUUCGAAAUCUCCUCAAGGAAGGAACAUCCCGUCAUGACCCAUUUAAAAAAGAGGGUGGUGAAGAUGAUGUUCGUAGUGGUGAUCAUCUUUGUGAUCUGCUGGCUGCCCAUGCAGAUCCUCAAGAUAACAUACAAGUCCUUCCUGGAUCCUUAUGGCCAAUUUAAGGAUGCUGCGACAGAAGCGUCAUAUAACCAGCUCCUGAUGGUGGCGCAGUACAUGGUAUACAUCAUCCCCGCUGUCAACCCCAUCGUGUACGCCCUCAUGCACCAGACCUUCAGGAGGGCCUUCCGUGUCACCUUCCCCUGCUUCUACAACAGCAAGUCGCCUCUUGUGCUGACACUGGUAUGGGCCGCGGCGCUACACAUGGUCACACAGGUCCACUGGAACUUCCACUGGCUUGUGACAAUAUCCUGAAAAUUUCCAGAUCAGAUAAUGUGGGUCGCAGUAUAUCAGCUCUCAUAUCCUCCUCAGCACUGGCAGCCUCAGUCGCCAUAAAUCAAAGUGCAAGGAAAUCAGUAGCAGAGAGGAAACUAGUCCCAUCUAAACGCCUUAUCAAAU